AGACAUAAAUCAAGAACCAGCAACAGACUCUGCUUCCUUUCAGGCCGACCGCAGGAGGCCCAUUACCAGGAUGGCGCCCCUGAUGGCCAAGUUCGAGGAGAUGCUGCACAAGUUGAAUGUCAAGCUGCGGCACUCGAAGGGCUCGAAGUCAGGCCUAGGAAGUCCAGGUCCAGGUCCAGGCCUAGACGGCACAGGCGGAAGCCAGCAAUCUCUGCAGACUAACCCCUCAGAACCUCCAGACCCUCCCGAACUCUCGCAACCUGCACAUCUCCAGGUCGCACAGCAGGCCUUUAGGGUUCGAUUCGGUCUUUCCCUCCCUUCCAGGAAAUCCAAAGCCAGAAAGAGGAAGUCGUCGCCGCAUCUCGUCGUUUUGACAACUUCCACGGUGACCCAAGCGUCCAUUUCGAGUAGCGCCAGCGCAGGCAACCUGCAGCCCUCUCCCGGGGACAGCGGUAAUAAUCUCGGAAGUCAAAACCUUGCUGCCGAUCUCGCGGAUACGUGCGGCUCAUCGACUUUGACCCAAGGUCACACCCCGGCAACCUCGCCGCUCUCUCUCGCGCCAGCCGAGCCAAUGGAGCCAAACCUGGCUACGGGUCUGCCCAAAGGGAGCGCCCGGGGCUCAAAGGCGAGCUGCUUCACUGGGCAGCCAUUGAGCGCCAUCUGGAAUCCCGAAUCGGGCAAGCCGCUGCCUUUGGGCACCGAUACCGACCUUGAGGCCUAUAGCCACUUUCUCGCCGGUGCGGCCUGCAGCAAGUGCGAUGCCGAUGUCUCCCCACAGGUGCGAGAUUUUGUUGGCCGUACCAAGGUCAUGAUGAGGGAUGGCAUUGUUAGUCCAUGGGUCCGGUGCUCCAGCUGCAAGUUUAUGUGCUGCAUCAGCUGCGGCGCCGGCGAUAAGACGAUCCGCAGUCUUGGUUGCUCGGCGUCUGCAAAUUCGACGCACAAGAUCACCUGGUGCUGCGAUGACGGCCGCCUGUUCCUCGUCUGGACUCUCCUAUGCGGCACAACCGAAAUUAAGAAGCCUGGCCUGGCCUUGGAAGUUGAUCCAAGCUCGUCGAGUAAGCCAUCAACCUCAGUCAAGGACAGGCUGCGAUCUCGUACCGGGGUGGCCAAGGUUAACGGCUCGGACAACAACCCCAUCCCCAGCUCCCCAAAAGUGCUCAAGAUGCCGACGCUGCCAAUGAUUCCAACGAACUUGGGAGCCGACGGUAAUCUACUCCCUCUGUCACCAGGAACCGGGUAUGGCGGUAACAGCGACAUUCUCCCUCCGUUAACGAUUGGGGUUCUACCAUCAGCCAAGAGCUUACUGGCAACAUCAUCCAAGGAGGAUCCCAAGCUGAGCGACGAGAUGAAGGUCUUGCGAGACUAUAUGACGUGCCUCUGUCAUGUCCUGCCGAGAGAUGAGCGAGUCCAACGCAGGGCCUGGGAAUUUGACGACCACCAUCACCCCCUCGUCUCGGCCAUGAUUGUGCGGAGCCCACUCCUGCCUAAGAUGUGCGAGCUGUUGCGCAACGACUCGAUUGAAGAAAUCGGGAAGCAGCCCGAUGUGUACAGCGCCAUGAUCGGCUUGAUUGAUGUCGUGGGGUCUCAUCCUUCCACAGCUCCCCUCCUGUAUCAAGACCGUUUCUUCUACUCGCCGGAAAAGCAACUCGGCCCUGUCACCAUCUGGCCUACGCCGACCCGCCGCUUCCUCCGCAGCCAUGCCGCAGCUGGCAAGGAUAACACUGGCCAGCCCAUCAUCACCAUCCUGGAAAAGCUGGCCAUACCGUGCCGCUUUUUCAGGGACACGGCCGCAGUGAACAUGAAAGAAUUCAACGCCCAGCAAGACCAGCGCCUCAUCAAGGUAACGGCGCGCGUCUGCGCCGUGGCCGAGUCCCAGGCUCUCGCGCGGCCGACCUAUGCGCCGGCGGUGGAGAAGGCGCUGCCACUGCCAUCGGCACAGCGCCAAGCACAGGACGAGAUCGAGCGCUUCCACCGGUCGCAUUGUGUUGGCGAGAUAGCCGACGAGAAGAUUGUUGGAUGCAGCCACUUCUACCACGAGGCCAACAAGAUGGACCCGGGCAAGAUGCCCAAGGGCCGCAUGAAGAAGCUGGUCGCCCAGCUGGCCUCGCUGCAGACGGACCUGCCUAAGGGUAUCUACGUCCGCCACGGCAGCUCGCGGCUCGACGUCAUGCGUAUCAUUGUCACGGGCCCGGCCGACACCCCAUACGAGCUCGGCCUCUUUGAGUUUGAUUUGUUCUGCAACCAGAACUUCCCCGUACACCCCCCCAAGAUGCACUUUCGGACGACUGGGCGCGGGAGAGUCGCGUUUAAUCCAAACCUCUAUACGAAUGGCAAAGUUUGUUUCUCACUUCUGGGCACGUGGAACGGCCCGACAUGGCAGCCAGAACGCUCCACCUUAUUGCAGCUCUUGGUGUCCAUACAGGCCAUGAUAUUCACCGCAGAACCGUGGUACAACGAGCCUGGCCGCGAGAAGCUGAUGGACAAGGUCAGCUCCGAUACCUACAACCGCCUCAUCGAGAAGAACACGGCCGAGUACGCCAUGACGGCCUGGCUGGACAACCGCCUGACCCCUCUCGACCCCAUCACACCCGCCGCGCCGACCACAGGCCCAGACCCGGGCGAAGGCGAACAGAGCAUCCCCUCCAACACCGAGCCUGAUUCGCACGUCACGAUCAGCCACGGGGCGAAGCUCGGACUCAACGCCCACCACCAGCUGCUAGCCUCUGAGCCAUCGGGGUCGACCCCGUGGGGUGUCAUGCCGAAAGCCGUCGCGGCCAAGAAGACGGAGGAGAAGCGUAAGGUGCAGAAGCAAAUGCAGAAGUACCCCAUGGACAAGGAGCCUGAGCCGCGGUCCGAGGAACUGCGCAGCCGCUGCCUGCGCGAACAAUCGGGCGACGACGAGAUCUGGGGCUCCGUCAUUCGCCACCACUUCUGGGUCCACGCGCCCCAUAUCAUGGCCCUGCUCUCCGCGCGUGCCUCCCUGUCCCGAGUGGACGAGAGGCUCCGCGCCGGCAUGGACCUCAUCCUCACGGGGCGUGGUUUCUUGCCCCCUCCCGCACCGGUGGCCCUUGCCUCGGGAGGACACAAUAGCUACUGAUAGAGAGCAUUAGGUAGUCGGUAGGUGGUUGCGCCUUGGGAAGUGUUUGGGCUGGGGAUGGUUUUUCUUUUUCUUUUUUUGUUGUGGCCUUUAUUAAUCGGGAAAGCGGUCAUGUUCAGGGGGGGGAUAGCCAAUCCCCCCUUUUACGUCUCUCGCUCGUUGCUUGCGCCAGCACUUUGCCGCAUUCGCCUUACCGCCUCUGAGGCUUAUUUCAAUUCUUUGAUUUUUUUAAUAUUUUGUGCUAGCUGUAGAAUUCAACCAGCCCCAGCGUUGCUAAA